CAAUGCCCUCUUGCGCCCUCUUCCAUCAUGGCGGCGGCAGUGGCAGUCAGGGCUUUCCUUUAGGGCUGAGAGCGGAGGCGCCGCGCGUUGUUCAGGGGUCACUCCUUCUUCCUCGGGAGCGCCGCGCGCCCUCUUUCCUGGCGAGGCCCAGAUCGUGAACAAAGGAAGUUCUGCGGUCCAUAACUGGAAUACUGGAAGCCAACCAGAUGGCAUCUUCUACUGCUGUGCCUGUAGGAUUUCAUUAUGAAACAAAAUACGUUGUCCUCAGCUAUUUGGGUCUUUUGUCGCAGGAAAAGCCUCAGAAGCAGGACAGUCUGACAACUCAAGUGACAGAGCCAGCUACGGUCCCACAAGCUUUAGAAAAGGAGAUUCUAGAGAAAGUUAAAAGAGAAAUUGAGGAGGAGUUGAAACGUCUUGAUGAAGAAAUUUUGGAAGCUUUCACAAGCACUGGCUUUGACUGCCACACAUCUCCAGUAUUCAGUCCUGCCAACCCAGAGACUUCCAUUGAAGAUUGCUUAGCUCAUCUUGGAGAGAAAGUAUUUAAAGACCUGAAAGAACCUCUUCAAAAAGCAUUAGAGACCCUACUUAGCAAACCAGUGACUUACCAGGAAUACAGGGAAAGGACUCAGGAGGCAGCAGCUCAUGCCAGCGGAUGGAACAAGGUUUUAGUGCCUCUGGUUAUUCUUCAGCAAUUCUUGAUAGAGCUAUCAAGACGAGGCCAAGAACCACUUGGUGCAUUGAUGAAUUUUGGAGUGACCUAUCUGGAGGACUAUGCUGCAGACUAUAUCAUCGAGCAAGGUGGAUGGGGCACUGUUUUUAGCUUGGAUUCUGAAGAGGAAGAGUACCAUGGACUCAUUGCUGAAGACAGCAAUGAUAUCUACAUCCUAACUAGUGACAACUCAGGCCAGGUGAGCCCUCCUGAAUCACCCACAGUGACAACAUCUUGGCAGUCAGAGAGCUUACCUGUUUCUCUAUCAGCCAGUCAAAGCUGGCAUACAGAAAGUUUGCCAGUAUCAUUAGGCCCUGAGUCGUGGCAGCAAGUAGCUAUGGAUCCUGAAGAAGUGAAGAGUUUGGACAGUAACGGAGGUGGAGAAGAAAGGAGUGAAAAUAACUCUUCAAACUCUGAUAUUGUGCAUGUUGAAAAGGAGGAGAUACCAGAGGGAGUUGAGGAAACAGCAGUGUCAGCAACGGGUCUGCAGACUGACCCUAUACAGCUGGUUCCCUCUGAAACUCCAGCUACAUUUCUGGGGUCAGGUGGUGAAAUUGUGUCAGAGCCAAAUCCCCCUGUACCUCCACUUACUGAACACCAGAAAGAGGGCAAAGUGUUGGAACCACCGGAACCUGAACCUCUGACGUUGAGUAAACCUGCCAAGCUAUUAACUUCUUCAGAAGGAAAAGCUGCUCCCAAAUCUGAGAGGAUACCACUUUCAGAAGAAGAAACAAAAGCUGGCAAAGAUAGCCAUUCUGAAGAAAAAGGAAAAUCCCCUGCUGGAGAGGAGAAACCUAUCCUCUUGCCAGAAGGCAAAUCCAUUCUGCUGUAUGGUGGGGCGGCUGCAGUGGCCAUCCUGGCUGUGGCAGUGGGUGUAGCAUUGGCACUGAGGAAGAAGUAGUGAACUCCACCAUGCAAGGAGGACAGCAUCUGGAUCUACACUUAGUUGCAUUGACUGAAGGUUGUGGUGCCUGCUGUUAAUGGGAAAUUUAUGUAACUUAAAGGGUCAAGGGUACACAAAAAGGCUAAGCUUAGGGACAAUCAUGUUUUUAAUGGACUAGGACUGGAUCUUCCUGUUAACAUAUAGGGGUGACCUUUUGAAAACCCCUGCACAUUUAGGUAUCUAAGUAUAACUGAGAAUUGGGGGUGCUUAUACACUGGAAACUAGAAAAGAAAAUUCCAGGGGAACAGUAGUGUUGGUUACCCACUGGAGCUUUCCCUUACAUAGCUGCUAUUGCAGCUUCUUGAUUCCCCCUUCACCUCAUGGAUGAGAGGAUAUUUAAUCCUGUAGCAUGAGGCUGGUCUCCCUGUUGUCUCAGCUUCCUCAGGUACUGCACUGCUCCUUUUGACUUCCCAGGUCCUUUUCAAUCCCCACAGGGUAGUGCUUGUUCAAUACCUCUUUGCUUUAUCUUUUCUGCUCCCCAAACUUUGUCUUUUUUUAAUUACAUUGUCAAAGCUCUUUAAUGCUGGAUGGUGGAGAAAGCAAUAGUCUCCCAACUAGGGGUGAAAAUAAUUUGGGGAGGAGUAAUGUUCUUUGAUUACCCAUAUGCAUUUGCCAUUGUUAUGUUUUUCUCUUCCUGUUCUUUUAUUUCAUCCUGCUUUACCAUACCAGUUUAGUUAUCAAAGACACACUCCUUAGGUAUAGAUGACUGUACCAUUUUGAUGAAUGCAUUAUCAAGCCUUCAUAAACAAAAACUAUUGUGAAAUACAAAUUUCAAUACCUGCUUUGUCCACAUCUUCUCUGUUUCAGUUUUACAUAAAUUCAGAGGUGGGAUGAAUUUAGCCUUAAAUUGAAUUGGACCAUUGACUCCCAAGCCAAAUACAAGGUUUUCAAGAAACUGAUUCUCAAGUGGUUCAUCUUGAACAGCAUUGUGCUGUACCUUCCAGUCAUUUACCUGGUUUGAUAGAAUGCCUGACCAUAGAAAUAUGGUGUUCUGAAAGUUAGCUUUCUUGCACAAUUCAUUUAACCUGCAGAUAAUUGUUAUGUGCUGAAAGCUGGCUUUUAAUUCAGCUAGCUAUAUUUGGUCCUGGAGAGGAGUAAAAGUGACCCUUGAAGCACAAUACAUUGGGAAUGAAAUUUAAAUAUUGCAACUUAAAUAAUACUAUUUAAAAUUUAAAUACAAUGACUUCCCUUGUCUUCUCUAGAUCUGUGGUGUUGGAACACUUCUCUGCAAUUGCUUUAGUUAAUGUUUGGGUUAGAAAUAUACUUGAGAAUUUUUGUAAAAGUGGAAACCAAGUAACCUAUCCCAAGUUUUUUUAAUAUUCUUUUUCAAGGGUGGGGAACAUGUAGUCCUUCAGGUUCAACUGAAUUGCAGCUUCCCUCAGCCCUUGCUAGCAUAGGCAGCGGCAAGUGAUAAUGGGGGCAGCAGUCUAACAACUGGAGGAGCCGCACAUUCUUCAUCCCUUAACAUGUGUAUUACUUCUUCUAGCGAUUCCCUUUAGUUUCCUACAAAGUGAGGCUGAAAUGUUUCCUUAAUUCCUUUUCCCCAAUUCCGGAUAUGAUUAUCCCACAGAGCAACUUGAUCUAACCCUCUAUAUUUCUCUUUAGGAAUGUGAAAGUGUAGAGUAGUGUUUUUAUCUUUUUCCUUGCCAUAGUUGCCUUUUCUGGUUACUUUCUGUAGAUCACAUGAUCAGGAAAAUCUUAAGCUUCUCUGCUGAUUCCAGCUUUCCACUCAUGUAAAUACAGUAAGAACCAUUUUGAACUAUUACAUAUAUGCUCAAAUGUGGAUGUGGUGAGUCUGGUUGUCUCCAGUGUUUGUAUAAACAACUGUUGUAUUCUCGAAGCAGUAUUUGGGCAUCAGCACCUCUUCAUGUUGUUGACUCCACCUGCUGUAUAUUAAAAAGUUUGACUAAAUUGCCCUUCUUAAAAAAAAGCAAGUGCAACCUUGAUUGAUUUUAGACAUUUGCUAAUCAAUAGAAAGCUAUCCUGUGGGGGCAGGUGUAGGAACUGUACAGCCCAAUGGCUGCAUAUAGCCACUCAAGACCUCCAAAGGCUCUUCCCUCCUUCAGAAAAAAAUCUGUCAAAAAAAUAUAGGGGACUGCACCUUAAGUUCCCAGAAAGCAUGAUUGUUUCAUUAAAUGUCAUUUUGAUCCUUCCCUCUUAUAUUUUUGUUGGUUGUUUUGCAAUUAAAGAUGACCUUCUGGUCAGUUCUGAUUUCAUCAGAGGGCAUGGAUGCAGCCAGGUGGUUUGUAAAAUGGAGUGUCCCAUGCCUACCCCUGUUAACAAAAUUUUGGCUAGUAAACCACUGCAGUUGUUGUUAAUGUAUAGGUGACAGGUGCAUAGGUAGGUUAUUUUAAGUAGUUAAGAAAGGGGAAGUAGGGAGAAGAAAAGUUCUCAAUGGUCUGGAUAAGCUUCUUAAAAUCCAUUCGUUUCAAAAGCAGAUUCCUAAUUACUUUGUUUCACUUUUUUUGCAGUAAAGUCUCCCCAAAACUAGUAGUAAUGCAUCUGUUUUGGGGGAAAGAAAUCUGGAUAUCCAUGAGCAAGUUAAGGGUCAUUGUAGUCAUUUUUCUGUCUAGUAAAGGAGAAAUGAGGGUUUGGUUGUAACUGUUGUGGAGAUGACAGCCUGUAUCCCUCAUUUUAAAAGCUGGGAACUCAUCUAGUCACUAGAUGAGUUCUUGCCCUAUCGAAGCAAUUUAAAAAUGUUUUUGACUAUUCAGUACACAUUUCAUGAUCACAAUUCUGGGUUUGCUAUCUCUUCUGCUUUUGACAGGGAACUUCUGCCAGCUCCAUCUCUUUAUACAUAUGAUGCAAAUGCAUGGUAUCUGCAAAUGCAUAUUUACAGGCAUAUAACACACUUUAUUUCUCCCUCCUUCUCUUCUGCACACCCUUUAAAUCUAAUGCCUAGAACAGUCAUAUGGGAAUCUUUGCUUUGAUUCAGUAGGAUGACAAUUUUGCCAUGGUAAAUGGGAGUUGCUAGACAGGUAAUUUGCAAUUUCUUUAGUGCUGUUUGUUAUCCAUUUUAAAGAAUAAAGUGCCUCAGUAUAUUCCAGUGGGCUUUAACCUGUUUUCCUUUUUAAAAAUGUAUUUAUCUACUAUCUCUUUUGUAGAGCUAAUGCCCAAGACUUAGUACUCUUCGGCUGUAGUUCCAACUUUGGAAAAGGAGAAAGGCCACCGUGCUGGAGAAAGGGUUUUUAAAAGUACAACUGCCAUUUAGUUUUGAUAUAAGCACUGUUGAAAAAGUUUUUUUCUAGCAUCUGUUGGUUGUAGCCUUUGAGCUCAAACACAGUGACCACCAUUUGCAUUUUCUGCAUUUAGAAAGUUGCUAGUAUCAGAUUCUCACAGAUAUUGUAAUAGAUGGGAAAGGCCUAUAUUGAUAGAGCCAACAUAAGACAGAAACUCUUGUUCAUUGCACACUAUCUUGAACUAUGGAAUAUGAGAUCUGCAUCCAGUGAAAUAAACUACUGUUCUUGA